AAACACACAAGAGAUGAAAAAAAUGGCUCAGAUUCUAUAUUUCAGUCUUCUUGUCAUUGCUCUCUGUUCAUUAUCUGAAGGCAUUCAGCGCCGCUAUCACCAUAUAAACAUUGAGAAGACCUGGACUGAAGCUCAGAAAUACUGCAGAGAGAACUACACAGAUCUGGCCACAGUCAAAAACAAGAAUGACAUGAACGAGCUGAAGAAGACUGUGAUGAAGACUGUGAAUAACAAUCAGGAGUUUGUCUGGAUUGGACUGAAGAGAACAGAUGUUUAUAAAUGGAAGUGGUCUCUGGGUGAUCCUGUGAAAUAUCUGAACUGGGAAACUCAACCAUCAACUGACACAAAUAAUUGUGCUUUUAUGAGAAAUGGAACAUGGCAUCGGCAGAAGUGUACUGAUAAGCUGGGAUUCAUCUGCUACAAUGGUGUUUCAAAGGAUUUCAUUAUCUGUCAAUCACAGACUUUCCUUCUCAGCUGUGAUCAGGGAACUAUUAAAGUCCUUUCAGCCAAUUAUGGGCGUACAGACCGACAGACCUGCUCUACUGGAAGAUCCGAUAACCAGACCUCAAAUGUUCAGUGCAGUCUGAACACAUCUCUAACGGUGGCCACUCGAUGUGAUGGACAAACGAGUUGUUCUAUAGUUGUGAACAUCACUGAUCCUUGUGGUGGCACUCACUAAUACCUGAAUGUGUCUUAUGAGUGUGUUGAAGCACCACCAAGUGAGUUUUACACCCAACUGACACCAAACCUUAUAAAACACUAUACAGAGUAAAGUUUAAGUGUAUUCAAGUGUUAUUUAUUUAUUUAGUAAGUACAUAAUUAACAGUGCUAGUAGUAAACCUGUAGGUGUAUUAUUUUAAUACUGCUGGGGACUAAACUGGCUUCUUCUAAGUUUAUGAAAGUAGACUUUUAAGUGUAGUCUAAGUUUAAGUCUGGGGUUUUAACUCCAGUCCUCGGGUCUCCCCGCAGAGAAUUAUGUUUACUUGUAUUAAAUGAAAGUGACUGUCACGUGUAACAGGAUACAGGCACACACGACACCAGGAUACAAAUGAAAAGGAAUUUUAACAACAAAAACCACAACUAACAGGAAACCAGGAACAAGAAUACACGUUGACAUAAAACAAUAGCAGACAAGGAAUACACUUUAGGGGAGAACUUUAAUACAACAUAUAACGAGGGAUCAACAGGUGCUGGGAAUAAACUAAUAAUGAGACAAGUGAAAACAGGCAAGGGAACAAUUAACUAAUAACAAAACACAAGUGAAAACUAAUGAACUAAUAAUGAAAUUAACAAUGGGAGGAAAAAAACAGACAAAACAUACAACAACUGUGACAUUAACCCCCCCUCCAUAAGCCGCGUCCUC